GCCCUGAAAUGGAGGCUUCAAGACAAAGAACUAAAGAAGCAUAAAUCGGAGACCUUACUGAACCCAAGUGUGGUCGUGGCGGCUAGGCAAGAAUCUCUCUCUCUCUCUCUCUCUCUCUCUGUCUGGGUCCCGCCGCGACCAUCGCCACCGGUCAGCCAUGGCAGCUUCGGCUUCGAGCACCUUCAACAGUGCUUUUCAAAACCUCCCAAGGGUUUUUCCCAGUCAAAAAAGCAGGCUUUGCUGGGCUCGCCAGUGUUUCCGGUUCAGGACAGAAAGGACGGGACGUUUAAGGCCGUUGUCGUCGGUGGUGAAGGGAGAGAAGGGAGUUUUGCGGAAAUGCAAUGUGCAUAGCCAGCCGGACGGUGAGAGUGAGAGUGAGAGUGUGAAAGAGAGCUAUAAUUCGGUGGAGGACGAGCAGUUCGUGCGGUGGUUUCGUGAGGCGUGGCCUUACCUGUGGGCUCACAGGGGGAGCACCUUCGUUGUGAUUAUUUCCGGCGAAAACGUCGCUAGCCCUUUCUUGGAUCCCAUUCUCAAGGAUAUUGCUUUUCUGCAUCAUCUGGGGAUAAGAUUUGUGAUUGUUCCGGGCACCCAUGUCCAUAUUGACAAGCUUUUGGAGGAGAGAGUUGACAGCCGUGUACUUCUUGCAGGACGCGAGCCUAAGUUUGUUGGUGAAUACAGGAUAACUGACAAUGAAGCUCUGGCGGCUGCGACGGAAGCGGCUGGAGGGAUUCGUAUGAUGCUAGAGGCAAAACUUUCUCCCGGCCCCUCCAUUUGCAACAUUCGUCGACAUGGUGAGAGUAGUCGUUGGCAUGAAGUUGGUGUCAGUGUUGCAAGUGGCAACUUUCUUGCAGCCAAGAGAAGAGGAGUUGUGGAAGGCGUUGAUUAUGGAGCAACAGGUGAAGUUAAGAAAGUUGAUGUUUCUCGAAUGCGCGAGAGGCUUGAUGCUGGUUGCAUAGUUAUAUUAAGCAACUUGGGCUAUUCUAGCUCUGGAGAAAUUUUAAAUUGCAACACAUAUGAAGUUGCAACUGCUUGCGCAUUAGCUAUUGGAGCGGACAAGCUUAUUUGCCUCAUAGAUGGUCCAAUUCUGGAUGAGAGUGGACGCCUUAUUCGCUUCUUGACCCUUCAAGAAGCGGACAUGUUGAUUCGUGAACGAGCUAAACAAAGUGAGAUAGCUGCCAACUAUGUGAAAGCAGUUGGUGAAGAGGAUCGCACUUCUCCUAGACGUAAUAAUUCUAAUGGGGCUGUCCCUUCUCAGAAUGGGAAGGUUUCUGUUGAAAGACAUAAUCCAACCUUUCAUAACGGUGUUGGUUUUGACAAUGGGAAUGGAAUUUGGACUGGUGAACAGGGUUUUCCUAUCGGCGGUCACGAGCGCCAAAGUCGAUUAAAUGGUUACCUCUCAGAAUUGGCUGCUGCAGCUUUUGUUUGUAAGGGGGGUGUUCAAAGAGUUCAUUUGUUAGAUGGCACUAAAGGUGGAGUUCUAUUGUUGGAAUUGUUUAAAAGAGAUGGGAUGGGGACGAUGGUUGCUAGUGACCUUUAUGAAGGAACUCGAAAUGCUAGGGUCCCAGAUUUCUCUGGGAUAAGACAAAUCUUACUGCCUUUGGAAGAAUCUGGCGCAUUGGUUCGCCGGACUGAUCAGGAGCUCCAUGACGCACUGGAUUCAUUUGUAGUCGUGGAAAGAGAAGGUCAGAUCAUUGCUUGUGCUGCUCUUUUUCCUUUCUUCGAGGAUAAGUGUGGAGAGGUUGCUGCUCUUGCAGUUUCUCCUGAUUGCCGUGGGCAAGGACAGGGAGACAAAUUACUUGAUUACAUUGAGAAGAAGGCUUCCUCGCUUGGAUUGAAUAGGCUUUUCCUACUUACCACACGAACUGCAGAUUGGUUUGUGAGGCGCGGUUUCUCUGAAUGUUCAAUUGCAUCAAUACCAGAGAAGAAAAGGAGAAAGAUCAAUCUAUCCCGAAAAUCCAAGUAUUAUAUGAAGAAGCUGCUACCUGAUAGAAGUGGAAUUACUGUUGAUAGGGCAACCAUUUGAGUUGCAAUACUACAACUUGGAAAAUCACCAAUAGUAAAUCAGAAAGAUAAAGUAUACUGUAGAUAUCACAUAUUAUUGUGUCAGAAUUUUGGAGUUCUCCGCUUUAUUAAACUAGCCUCUAAGCUUACUUGGCUAGUUUUCAGAUUGUAUUGGGAUAUCUUCCUUUUCUUUUUGCCUGGAAGUUGGCCAAUUUCAGACUGUUUUAGAAAAAUGGAUGGUUGUGUCUCAAUCCACAUCCUAAGAUGCUUAGCUGAGGCAAGAAUAAUGAAUGAGAUGGUGAUUAUUUCUAA